AAAGUGUGCAAAGUGUGUGAAAAAUGUGCAAAUACAAGAAUUUUUAUAUUGAUUUUCUUGGCCAAAAGAGCGAAAGAGCGAGCAAAAGGCAGCAGCAGAAGAAGAAGCAGCAACAGCACAAAGCUGCGCUGUAAGGCUUCUGCCGUGAGUGCGACUAAGAGGGCCAGACUUUGGACGACUGAAAAAGACAGCGAUACCGAGAAAAGUCAACAUCGUUUUGACCAGAAUGUCGUAGGGAUCAAAUAAAGAACCACCCAUAAAUAUCCAAAUUCUGGACAAUGCAACCGUUCAGCGACAGUUUAAGCAAAAGUCGCGAUGAUCUGGUCAACGUCGCCGCCGCCGCAUCCCGGCAACAACUUCACGGCCGAAGACGACAUCACGGCAGCAGUCCCAAUCUUUCCCUGGAUCAGACGGACAACCUGCGAAGGAGCAUGGCUUGCCUGCAGGAUGAGUUUGGUCACCUGGGUAUCGCCACCACGGACCUGCCCUUCAAGUCCCCCGAUCUGGACUCUCCUCCCCGGCUGCAGCAGCAUACCAACUAUGCGGAGAUCACGGACAGCAGCGCGGAGAACACGUGCCAACAGCGCUGGCCACCCCACGUGGGUGGAGCGGCGGCGGGCUUCGGCCAUCCGGACAAGCCGAUCGGCUGGAUGUACGGGCUCCUCGGAUGCAUGAAGCCCGUGCUCUCGUUUAUCGGAAAGUCGGGCGUCAUCGAGGUGAAGAGCCAACGGAGCGAAGACUGGCAGAUUCCCUUCGAGUCCAUCACGGACUUGGAGUGGCUCGGAAGCGGGGCGCAGGGAGCCGUCUUCAGCGGAAAGCUAAAGAACGAGAUUGUGGCCGUUAAGAAGGUUAAGGAACUAAAGGAAACGGACAUAAAGCAUCUGAGGAAGCUCGACCAUGAAAAUAUUAUUAAGUUUAAAGGAGUUUGCACUCAAUCGCCCGUGUUUUGCAUUAUUAUGGAGUUCUGUCCAUAUGGGCCUCUGCAGAAUAUACUGAAGGAGGAGCAAGUCAUGUUACCGUCCCGCUUGGUCUCUUGGUCGAAGCAAAUUGCCCUGGGCAUGCAGUAUCUGCAUUCCCACAAGAUCAUCCACAGAGAUCUAAAGAGCCCCAAUAUACUGAUAAGUACAAAUGAAGUGGUGAAGAUUAGCGACUUUGGCACAAGUCGCGAGUGGAACGAGAUCAGCACCAAGAUGAGUUUCGCCGGCACCGUGGCCUGGAUGGCACCGGAGGUGAUACGAAACGAGCCGUGUUCCGAAAAGGUGGACAUUUGGUCGUACGGCGUGGUGCUGUGGGAAAUGCUCACGUGCGAGAUCCCCUACAAGGAUGUGGACUCAUCGGCCAUUAUCUGGGGUGUGGGCAACAACUCGCUCAAGCUGUUGGUGCCCAGCACCUGUCCAGAGGGAUUCAAGUUGCUCGUCAAGCUCUGCUGGAAAAGCAAGCCCCGCAAUCGUCCAUCGUUCCGCCAGAUUCUCUCGCACCUGGACAUCGCCGGCCCGGAACUCCUAAGGAAAACAGAGAAGCAAUAUUUUGAGACGCAAAAGUCAUGGAAGGAGGAGGUCCGAUCGCACCUGAAGGAGAUCACCCAGAACGGCACUAGCAUACACAAGUACGAGCAAGACCUGAUUAAGAGGCGCACAGCCGAGUGGAGACACGCCCAAGACAUCCGGCUGGUUUACGAGAAGAAGCUGCAGAUGACAAACGAGCUCUUCUUCGAGCUUAGCGAGUGCAUGUCCCAGUUGCAGGAGAAGGAGAAGGAAAUCGCAGAACGUGAACGGAAGCUGCCAGGAAGCGGCUACAAGCCAACUCGACGUUUGGGGAACACACUCAGAAAAAUGCAGCAUUAUCGCCGACGACUGAAUCCGCCACAAGCAGUGAUUCAACAACAGUCAACCACGCCAGAUCCCGAGACUACGCCGGAGUCUCCUGUGAAGUGUAUGCUCUAUGCCCAACUGGACAGCAAUUGCCAACCGAAGUCGUACCUAGCCAACAUCAUCCCAGGCGGUGGCUUGGGCGGCACGAUGCCCAACAAAAACAAGAAGAACUUCCGGCACCGGCGCAACGGUUCCGGAUCCUUUGGUGCCCCACCCAAAUACAGUCCGACGCGAGAUCGUCGCUACCAGAGCGAGCCGGAGAACAGAAAGGUGCAGCUGGUAGAGCGGCACACCCAAACGGACGCCAUGGAUGUCAGUGAAACGGACAUAAGUCCCAGCGCUGAGGCUCCUCGCUCUCGGCCCAUCGAUGUGCCAGUUCCGAACCAUCGCCAGCUGCCACUCCAACUGCAACGGGUGCAGAAAAUUGCUCAAGCUCAGGCGCGGGCGCGGAGCGGAAGCACAUCAUCCGCCGCCGGUGCCCCGAACCCCGCUUGUCCCUCGAAUGGCAACUCGCUCAGCACCAGCGAGCUGACCUACCAGGAUGCCUGCUCCAGUCCCGAUCAGCUCAUCGACGACGUGAUGAACAGCAACGAGCGGUUGGACAUGACCGAGUGCUGCAGCGACAACGAAAACCUGGAGCGCCUGGGCCGCAAAGUCAUCGAAUUCAUCAACGAGAACCGCCUGUCCAUUCAGUCCAACACGAACUCCAACAGCAACACGGAGAACGGGAACGGGGGAGCUGUUCCCCUGGAGCUACGCGAAAGCGGCAACAGUCCGUGCUUAAGUCGGUGCAGCAGCACGCAGAGCAAACGGCGAAAGCAGCCUCUGGGGGACAACCCAAUCGGCAGUUCGGUAAGCAAUGCCAACGAAGAGUCCCAUGAGCAGGACAGCUGGUCGGAUGAGGAGGGUGAAACCACGGACUACAAGUGCGCCCUGAGGAGAAGAAGCAUUGGCCGACUGCCCAUUGGUCGGGGAAUGCGACUCCGCCGCAGCUACAAGGCCCCUCUCUCCCAGAAGCUUGCCAUCCAAAAACGCAACGUAGUGAUAGUCUCAGACGAGGAGGAGAACACCUCCGAGUACAGUCACUCGCCCUCGAGUCAGCACUCGACGCUGGAGAGCAAUACGGACAUUGCGUCGGCCAUGAAGAAAACACAGACCACAUCCACCUCAACGAACAGCUUCAGCGAACCCGAAGACGAUUCGAGCGACUCCAGUGACGAGGAGCAGGGCAAUCGGGCGGCUAAGCCCAAGGUUGAGGGUCCUACUUUGCCGAUGUCAGCCGUGCGCAGCAGCGAUAUUAUAUCAAUACCCACUUUUGAGGCUGAUGGCGCCGUCAAUAUGGUCUAACCUAGGACGAUACUUAGCCUAAGUGAGAACUCCUAAACUAAACCGGAACUAGAGUUGUCCAUGUUACCCAGCAAAACUGUCUCCUAUAUACUCAACGAGAAAUCGCCCCAAAUUGUAUGGUAUUAUCUAUGUUCAUGUCCAGAUCUAUAAACCAUCUAAUUUAUAUGUAAACUUGUAAGUGCAAGAUCGUCUCCAAGCGUUGACCGUUUCGGAAAGAAGAACCUUUUGGGUUGGGGCAAUCUUCAUUCGUGUCGUACUCGUAUCAUAUGCAUUUCCUAUUUUGCUGAAUAUAAUUUUGCAUUAGACUUAUUAUAAUUACUACUAUUCUUGUCCUUAGAGAGCUGCCUUUGUAAUAUAUUUAAAAAAUGCCCUGAUUGUACAUGUAAUUUUAACCAUUAAGCUUAGUUUUUGUUUCGAUAAUAAGAGCUUACACCACUACACAAAAGAACAACAAACGCUCCCACAAAAAACCGAACUACAAAGCCACAAAUUAAUAGAAUUGGCCUCAGGCAUAAACUAGUAAAGAAAGGAAAGAGGAGAAAUAGUCAGGGAUAUUUUUUAUAAAACAAAAUUUGCUAAGAACCUGUGAGGGAAGUGUUUUAGAAAGCGCAUUGUACGUUUAUUUUGUAGAUGCAUUCGGACAGGAGUUUCCCAAUUAUGCGGGGAACUUACAGUUCGAUCAACCGAAAAUCUUACUUUCUAUAUGCACAAAAUUCGAAGCUUCAGUGCCUUAAUGCAAACACAACAAAAAGAAAUGGGAAUAAUUUUUGGAAAAAACUAAAUGAUAAUCUGGUAGAUCUGACCGCGGCUAUGACGCGGCAAUGAACGCUUUCUAGACCUCAUUGGCAACUUAUUGGGCAGAUAUAGUGUGUGGUCAAAACGUUUCGCCCUCUGGAAAUCGUUCAUCAGCUGCAAAACGAAUUACAAAUUUAAUAUAAUUCUAUAUACACUCAAUAUAUAUAUUCUAUAUAUUUACACACUAGUUGGAUGUUUAGCUUCGUAAGAUAUGUCGUUUGCUUGGGCGCGACUUUUCUCUACAUUAUGUAAAUGUACUCCAUAUUAAGUUUAAUUUUAACGACUCAUACGAAUUAGCAAUAAUAAUAAAAUGAUAUGUAAAAAAGCUGAAAA